UUUUGACUGCACAUUUUCAAAACCAGGAAGUGGCCGUUUCUGUUGACAGUGAGCUAGCACGAGUUUAUGGUUGUUGGCUGCAGCUAAGGGGAGUUUAACAAAAUGACUGAAACACUGAACGGGACAGCGUUUGACGCUCUUACUGUUCAUAAUUUCUCUGAGAAGAUUCUGGAGCAGGUUUUUCAUUUUCACGUCAUGAAGUUUAACGGAGGAUUCUUCCUGUGGGUCGGACCGAGUCCAGUCCUGUCCAACUUGGCUGUCUCAAUGAGCAGCAAAUAUGAUUCAAUGCCUUUAUCCACAUUAGUCAUGGGAGACCCAUCAAAUACUGCUCCAAAUUCCCUGGCACAGAGAUUAGCAAAGAAGACCAACAAGCAAGUUUUUGUGAGUUACAGUAUUCCUGUGACGGACUCCAACCUCAGUCUUUUGGUGGAGAACAGAAUCAAAAAGGAGCUGGAGCUUCACCCGCAACAUUUCUGAACACUUCUGAUUGUUUGCUGUGUGUCUUUUUUAAGGAAGAACUUUUGCUUGUUUACUCCUCAGUACUGUAAUCAGAUCUCAACACAAUAACCACAACCAGUCACAUCAAGUGUUCUUUUAUUGACAUAAUAAAUUAAGUGGUUUAUUAUCAAAACAUGUAGGCCUAUGGCUUUUUGUACAAAUGCAUCAUAUUAAAAAAAUAACACUUAGAAAACAG